CCAGGCGGCACCAUUCACUUUGCCUGAAAGCUGCUGCUGUUGGUUCCUGAGAUGAGCUCAUCUGAAAUGGCUCCAAGGACCUCAGCGGCAGGAACUGGAGGCUGCUUGCUCUCUGCUGUGGUAAUGUUUUGAAACAGGCAAAAUCAGAUUUUAUCAUGUGGGCAACCUGCUGCAACUGGUUCUGCUUGGAUGGACAGCCUGAGGAGGCCCCACCGGCGCAGGGAGCCAGGACGCAGGCCUACUCCAACCCUGGGUACAGCUCCUUCCCUUCCCCAACGGGCUCGGAACCAGGCUGCAAGGCCUGUGGGGCCCACUUCGCAAACAUGGCCAGGAAGCAGACCUGCCUCGACUGCAAGAAAAAUUUCUGCAUGACCUGUUCGAGCCAAGUGGGGAACGGGCCCCGCCUCUGCCUCCUCUGCCAGCGAGUCCGAGCCACUGCCUUUCAGCGGGAGGAGCUCAUGAAGAUGAAGGUGAAGGACCUGAGGGACUAUCUCAGCCUCCAUGACGUCUCCACCGAAAUGUGCCGGGAGAAAGAGGAGCUGGUGCUCCUGGUGCUUGGCCAGCAGCCUGUAAUCUCUCAGGAGGGCAGGACUCGCGCCCCCACCCUGUCCCCGGACUUCCCCGAGCACCAGGCCUUCCGGACGCAGCCUCAGGCCAGCACAGUACCUCCUACCUCGACGAGACUCCCCUCUUCGCCCACACAAGCCACCUCUGUGUCCCCCGCCCAGGCUCAGGAAAGCCAGCAGGCCAAUGGCCAUGUGUCUCAGGACCAAGAGGAACCUGUCUACCUGGAGAGCACAGCCAGAGCACCUGCUGAGGAGGAGACCCAGUCUGUCGACUCAGAGGACAGCUUCGUCCCGGGCCGGAGGGCCUCCCUGUCUGACCUGACCGACCUGGAGGACAUCGAAGGUCUGACCGUGCGGCAGCUGAAAGAGAUCCUGGCGCGCAACUUCGUCAACUACAAGGGCUGCUGCGAGAAGUGGGAGCUGAUGGAGCGGGUGACGCGGCUGUACAAGGACCAGAAGGGGCUCCAGCACCUGGUGUGUGGUGCUGAAGACCAAAACGGUGGAGCAGUGCCGCCCAGCGUGGAGGAGAACCUGUGCAGGAUCUGCAUGGACUCGCCCAUUGACUGUGUCUUGCUGGAGUGCGGUCACAUGGUCACCUGCACCAAGUGCGGCAAGCGCAUGAAUGAGUGUCCCAUCUGUCGGCAGUAUGUGAUCCGAGCCGUGCACGUCUUCAGAUCCUGAAGGCUGGCGCCGGCUUCUUCAGUGCCUUACAGGGACAGAGCUGGAAGGGUCUGGGCUCCAGAACGACCAGCUUGCGGAGGGGCAGGCUAACAAGAGAAUCUGCAAGCAAAGAUGCGGUCACCUCUGGGCAUGCCUGUCCCACCUCGGCGGCGCACCUCUUGGCUGGCGGAGCCCGAGGCCGGUGGGAACUGGUACAGAUCGCGUGGGCAAGUCCCUGUUCCAGUGAUCUUGGGGUAAUGAUGGUAAUUGAUGAAGAGAGGAUUUUCCAGAACUUGGACCAGAUUUUCCUCCCUUCCUCUGUAAACCUAACAGUUUCCCCCUUCCCCCUGUACCCUGGCCAUCCCUGAGCCACCUGUGUUCCAGCCGUCAGAGGUCCUGGUAGAAAUGGUUCUCUUCCUCCCCAGCACAUUUGGGUUUAUUUCUGGUCUCUGGCUUUCUGUGCUUUAACCAGCUUUGCUAGUCUCUUGCUACAUUGCCUAAAAUUUGUUUCUUCAGACCAAAAAGAUGUUAGCUUACCAGACCAAUAGUGAUCCUCCUUAGGACUAAAUCUGGACCAGUAAACUUUUUCUCUGGUGAGAAAUGAAACACAAAUGCUAUUGGAAAAUUGCAAAGUCAUUUAGAGUUGCUUCCUGAAGUGCUGGGAUUGGAAGCGAGGAGUCUCCUGACUGAACCUUGGGAGGCAGCAAAGCAUCUGCAGGGAAGUUUAAGUCUGUGUGUGUGAGAUGGCACGGGCAUCGAGCUCUGGUGCUCUUAGGGCCUGUGCGCCACCCUUGAUUUUAGUUUACGAGAAAAGGGAAAGUUUUGGGUGGAAACUGCUUUUGACUUCUCCAACACAAAGGAAUUGCAAACCACUUUCCCCUGGGAAUGAAGUCCCUCUCCCACGGAGGUUUUAAACAUGGUCUCACUAAGGCAUAGAGACUAAGGCAAAGAGCCUUGCUCUUCUCUAGCCACACUUCUCAUGAAGUUCCUGGAGACUGAAACUGAACACCUAAGGGGUAUUGGAAGAUACUGAAUGGGACUGGAUUCAACCCUGGGGCAGACAGCUGCAAGUCUUGAUUCCCUAGGUUAGCGGGGACUCCCCACUCCCAUUUCCUUCCUUAGCCUACUGAUUUGAGGGGAGGUCUAGAAGAAGCAUAUUCUUGAGCCCUCUUAGGGUGGGUCUACCACUGGAAGAGCCAAAGGGCUUAAGCUUGCUGGAGCAGCAAGGCCAAGAACAUGUGGUAUCAGAAGAGCUGUGUGUGCUGCCGUUCCCCGGGGGUGAACUACACAACCCCUAAGCUCCAGAGGGCCUUAGCAGACCACUUGCUACCCUUUCCCCCUGCUGUGCAGUCAAAUUCUCACAGACUGGAAGCAGUCAGGACUUUGGAAAACAGUGGGAAACCUCCAGGGGGACCUGCUUAUUGGUACAGACAUACUUAGGCCUCCCCCCAUCAACCACUAUUCCCCUUCAGAAGAACGAAAUUAUUUCAUAAAGCAGUUGUCGGUUGCACACUAGGCCACUUACCUUGACAUUACACCCAAGUCCUGGAUGGUCUGAUUCUGGGACAGCCUUUGUAGGAAUCGGGGGAAUCAAGAGAGAGGUCUGCGAUGAGGACCUUUCGCUCUUCUGCUGGACAGUACCUACGACCGUUUACAAUGCCUGCAAGCUUAGCAGAGCAUUCAGCUGCUUCUCGGUUCCACUGUAACAGGUGUGUGUGUAUAUAUACACAUAUAUAUGCAACUUAGUUACGAUCUAGCAAUAACUUCAGGGCAGAAGCUGGCUCUCUCCCUACUUAAAAACUGCUUUCACUGCUGAGGCCUUACCUCUCCUACCUCCCACAUUCCCUCCUAGACAGAAGUUAAAAAUAAUAUCCUGAAGGUUGGUUAGUAACCUCAGUAAGAAUUAGAACUGCUAUCAUUUGCUCAUUUUGGAGAAAGAACUUGCCUUUAAGUCUUUUGAUCUCAGUGAAGGUUUCCAUUCAGGAAAAAAAGAUGUCAAACCACCCUGAUUUAUUGUUCAUCAUUAUUACACCAAAUAAAGGCUGGGAAUUCCAAGAUCCCAUUUCAGUUACUAUCCAGUCUAGGUAGAAAACUUGAUUUUUAUCUCCAAGUGCUCUCCCUUGCCCCUCACGGAUCCUUGGUCUCAAUUAUCAUGAAACAUCUUAAUUCUUCCAAUUAUUCCAUAGCUUUGGCUGUGAUCGUUUUGAGACUUGUUUUAAGACUUGGAAGAGCUGACUGGUUCUCAGUACCCUGGAAUAGCUGGAUCCAAGCUCGUACCCAGGAGCUGUGCAGGAGUCUGUGCACAAUAUAUAUUGUAUAAAUUUGUUGAAAUCUUUCAGAUGUGAAUGUGGUAUUUCAAGUGGCUUAUAUUAAGAUUCUCUCAGACUUACGUGGGUGUUAAAGCAAACCCAGAUGUGUAUUUUUUGUUACAGAGCUCUGCUUUAUAAUUUUAUAAUAAAAUU